AUGGCGUCCUACAAGUUGGUUUUCAUUUUGGCAAUCGCUGGCGCUGUAACAUUGGUCCUGAAUGUUUCACCAUCAUCAGGCUUUGGACUUUUUAAGAGUAAGAAAGUUUCAGGCGACUUUAUACUUGGAUCCAGGCUUUCAGGGGACAGGCUUAUACUUCAAAAAACUAUUUAUAGAACAGGCAAAAGUUUCAAGAGCAUUUCUUUGAGAGCGAGUUUCAAUGCUUCAAAAAAUGUCAGAAUCACCCAGGUUGCCGCUUACGAUCAGAAGCGGAAUGGCAAAGCAGCUUCUGUGAAAUUAGUCAAAGGAGGACCAGGAAAACAAAACUGUACUCUAAAAUUCAAAAGUCGCAGAGGUUACGGAAUUCAUUUCAUUGUCAGAGUGUACGGUCGUUGA